UCUGGGAGAAGGACAAAGGAGAGAGCUGACAGAGCUGAUGGAGUCCGAGCAGCUUCCAGCUGCAUGGUCUUUACACGGCGAGGGAGAGGAACUGGGUGGAGCUUCUCCUCCGUUAGUGGGUGUGUCUGAAGACCCAGGACACAGUCCUUUAAUCCCAAUGACACAACAUGGAAAGGACGAGCCAUGGUCAUGUGACAGCUCUGCUUCCACCUCAGAGGAGAGCGACGACGAUGAGGAUUCGAGGGUGAGGAAGAAGAAGAAGAAGAAACUGAGGAAAAAGAAGAGCAAGAGAUCAAGCUCAUCAUCAUCAUCUUCCUCCAGCUCUUUGUCAGACUGUGACAGCAGUGACGAUGAGAAAAAGAAGAAAAAGAAGAAGAAGAAGAAGAAGAAGCAGAAGAAGCAGAAAGAGCAGAGGAAAAGGAAACAGAAUGCUGUGACAACGGUGAUACCUGAGUCAGGUCUUGUCCUGGAAAUUGUGUUAACGCCAUUGAAGGAGCAAAACGAUGAGCGAGUGAUGAAAAAAGAAAAAAAAGACAGUGCCAGAAAGAAAAAACAAAAGAAGAAAGGCAAGAAGAAGCAGAAGCAAAAGAAAAACAAAAAGAAGAAGAAGAAGAACAAAAAGAAGAAAAAGAAGGUAAUUAAGAACAUAAAAAUAAAAGUACUAUACGAUGAAUAUGAUUGUCUUUUUUUUUUGUGAAAAUCUUCCUUUCUUG